GCCAUGUGGAUGCCACGAGCGACGCUAGCGUUGAUGGGUGGGGACCAGGGUCAUCGCUUCUCUCCUCCCCAGCUUAUAGUGGAUCUGUAGAUUACGAUGCUCCUUGUCGUGAGUUCAUGGCAUCUCUCAGCACGCCGGGGCCCCAAAGUCGAUUGUACAUCAUCGCCGCUUGCCCCUCGGGUAGUGCUUCUCUGUGCCUGCGCUGGUGCUCGGUCAAACGCCAUAUUUUUUACUUUACUUCGCCUACGAUAUAUUUUUGGCUUUAGGUUCGACAUGUUAGUUUUGGACAGCCGGAGGCCUCUUUCUUUUUAGGUGUACCCUAUAUACCCUUCGAAACGUUGCAGGAUCAAUCGUUCGUCAAUCGCAAUGACCAUUCAGGAACCCCUGGACGUCGAAUCGGCCUCGUUCGUACUACCGGCGCAUAUUCAUCCGUGGUUACGCUCAGUCGUCGCUCUGGGCUUCAUCAGCUUCUUUGCAUCAGUAGCACUACUAUUCUUACUCACCUACAAAUUGGUAUCCUGGCAACUACGGUCGAAGCGAAGCAACCAAUUCGUCAUCUUGAUAUUCAACCUUCUCUGGGCGGAUAUUCAACAGGCGCUUGCCUUCCUACUGAACGUCGAAUGGCUACGACUGGGAUCCGUCGAAGUAACCAAUCCGAUAUGUUUUGCGCAGGGCUGGCUGGUCUCCACUGGUGACUUGGGAAGUGGAGUUUGGUGCUUCGUUAUCGGAUUGCACACUUUCGCCUCGGUCAUCAUGGACUUCCGCCUGAAGCCGCGGAAUUUCUACAUCUGCAUCUUUCUACUAUGGGCCUUCAUCUUGGGAGUAUCUUCAAUUGGCCUCGGUAUACAUGGGCAAAGCAUCUACGUACGAUCCGGAGUAUGGUGUUGGAUCCAUCACGACCUAGAAGACUUGCGGUUAUGGACUCACUAUAUUUGGAUCUUCGCGUUUGAAUUCGGGAACGUCCUGAUAUACGCCAUUAUCUACGCGAUGCUGUCGAUCCGAAUCCGCUCCGGCUACUACACGACCGAAGAAGCCAAGCGUGUACGUUCCAUUGCAAAUCUCAUGGUCGUAUACCCGCUCGUCUACGUCGUAUGCACGAUUCCCCUAGCUUCCGCUCGAAUGGCGUCUAUGUCCGGCAAUCCGCCCUCGCUUGCUCGCCUUUGCUUAUCAGGAGCAAUGAUCACAUCGAACGGUUGGCUAGAUGUACUUCUAUACGCAUGCACACGACGCAUCAUGAUAUUCUCCGAUGAGCCACCCUCUGAUGAAGAUGUCAUGGAUACCUUCGCCGCAUUCUGGAUCGAAAAGCCUAAGCGCUUUGGAGGUGAAACCACAAUCGUAGCGACGAAUGCACACACAAGGAGAGGACGAUCGAAGAGCAAGAUAUCGCUACCCUCAGGAGGUGAAAGCUCGGACGAUCUCUGUGGAUUCGGUACAAAGGAUAUCAAACUGGUCACUACAACCAAGGUCAUAAGCGAGCCAGCGCAGCCAGAAGACUUUGAAGAGAUGGACGCCGAGGCACGUAUGACACGACCUCGUACACCGACAGGAAGAUGGAGCGAGGAGACGACAGAUACGGACAGAAGUCGUAAUCUGAGUUUGAAAGAACAAGCAAUACCUCAUAUCGCACCUUGAGGUUGCUUGUUUUGAUACCGAACGACAAACUAUCAUCAAGGCGUAUAUCAGCUGCCUACAUGCACAGGCCUAGGGACCUGCACCUAAUAGUGUUGUGCAAAGGCGGAAACAGGGACCCUAUUGGAGCCGAUACACGCAAAAGUAGGACAACGUCCACGUGGCGUCAAUCGCUACUAGAAGUGCCGCCGCUAUAACUGUGCGGCACAUGCACCAAGAGAGGGCACCGCCCAAACAUAUAGACAAGAUAGACGAACAUUACGACCACAUAUCGCUCAAACGAUGCGCCAUCACUGCUUUUGUAUUUCCUUGUAUAUCAUGAGACCCAUUUUCUCC